AAGCAAGAAGAAAGAAUGGCAGGAAGAGAUGGAGUGAAAUUGCUUGGAUACUGGGCGAGCCCUUUUACCCUCAGAGUCGAGUGGGCUCUGAAACUGAAAGGGGUCGAAUACGAGUACUUUGAAGAGGAUCUCCCAAACAAGAGCCCAUUGCUUUUGCAGUACAAUCCGGUUCACAAAAAAAUUCCGGUUCUGGUUCAUUAUGGUAAGCCACUGGCAGAGUCGCUGGUGAUAAUCGAAUAUAUUGAUGAGACAUGGAGGCAAUACCCUCUGCUCCCACAAGAUCCCCUUGAGAAGGCCAAGGCUCGUUUCUGGUCCAAGUUUGCUGAUGACAAGUGUGUGCCAGCAAUCUUUGGUACAUUCACCAAUGUAGGGGAGGAGAAGAAGAAAGCUGCAAACGAAGCUCGAGAAAAUCUGAAGACCCUAGAAAGUGGUCUCGAGGGCAAGCGCUUCUUUGGAGGUGAAACAAUAGGUUUUGUGGACAUUGCUGCUGCUUGGUUGGGAUGCUGGGCUCGUAUGGUUGGGGAAAUUGUGGAUGUAAAACUCGUAGACGAAGAGACCAUGCCUGAGCUCUGUGCUUGGUUAGAAAAUGUUCUUGAAGCUCCCAUAAUCAAAGACUGUAUGCCGCCUCGAGACAGAUUGCUAGAGCACAACAAAGGCUUCCACAAGAUGUUGAUGGCUGCAGCAUCUACUUGAAGUUUUAUCCCUCGAUUUUUAAAAAGACAGUUAAUUUGAGUGGCUGCAUAUGGUUUAUGCAUGAUGUUUGUUAAAAUUAGUGCCUAUGUAUAGUUAGUUUAUGUAUGAUGUAUGUUAAAAUGAGUGCCUGCAUAUGGUUAUGUAUGAUAUGAUCCUUUGGUUUCAAUAAAAGAUUUCAAAUGUAGCUUUAUCUAUA